AAAGGACUUUGUGUUGCGGCUUCGAGAUUCUUCUAUGACGACUUGUUGUUUAGUACAGUUUGACCAGUGAGGAAACAGAGGCGCUUUUUGCUUCUCCGCGUCAGCGCAGGAUUACGCUGAUCAAUCACCGCACCUGUGUCCUGGAGAUUGAUGUGAGUGAUUGAGGCUCUCCCGUCGCCAUGAAAACUUGUCUCCCAACCCGCGCCAACCCAACCCAAAGCUGCGAGUUUCGUAGCACCGCCGAAACCCAGCCUUUUUGCACAGCUUCCUGGGCAAAGAAACACCAUGGUGUCACCGUCCUGUAUUCCUCGUCGCAUAUAGUGUAUCCCCUCGUUGCGUUCGAUAGAGAAAGUGGACGCUGUACUGUACAUAUAGCUCUUUGUCAAUCACGAUACGAAACGAAGCGCAACGGAACGAAGACGAAUCCUCCCCCACGAGUCAACGACAUUCCGCCGCCCCAACCAUCGUGUGUAGAUUCACAACUACCGUUCCUACUCCCGCGGACACAUCUCUUGCUUUGGACACCAGCAAGCGCAUUCCCGAGUCCAUACUUUACGAUCUCGCGCGAUGCAUAUACCACCCAGCCACACAGUCGCUGCUGGCACAGCGACACCCAUACAGAGCCUAAUACCCACACCACUACCAACACCAUACAAUGCCUUGUCCUGGAUAUCGAAAGAGCACGGGGGAGGCGGAGGUGGCGGUUAUACCGAAAACUGGAGCAGUCUGAUUGGCAUCAUCACCGCGAUAAUAGGCAAUGUGCUUAUAUCGUUUGCGCUAAACAUGCAGCGGUACGCGCACAUCCGGCUAGACAGGGAGUUCCAGGAGAGACAACGGGAGAGGAAGAGGAGGAAGAGGGAAGCCGAGGUGAUGGGUAGUGAUGGUGGGGCGGGGAGGUUAGCAGAAGAGGUGCAGAAGAUGGGGUUGGCACGGAGGCAGA